UGGAGUCUAGCCAGAUACUCGAAAUGGAUCCUAUAUCUUUGAGUGUGUUCUUGUACAAUCCUACUCUGAAGCCAGCCAAGGAGUUCAAGCAUGAUGAGGAUGUUUGCCAGUCAGAGUAAAAAUCCUUUUCUACUAUCCUACUAGCAUAGAUGACCAUGAAAGAAGAAAACAGACAGGUAUUUGUGAAGGAGUUUACGAAUACAUGCGCACAUUUAUUUCAGAUAGUGAACACUAUGAAGACCAUCCUAUAGAGAUAAUCAACACAGAUCUCUUUACGGUGUCAUUUAAAGAAUUCGAGCCUAACUUUUUCCUCUGAAUGCUCAUUUCGCAUGAUAGUAAUGCCGCUGAGGAUUAUUCUGGGCAUGCUGAGACUGGGUUUACUCUUUAUAAUGAUAGAGAUCCAUAUGACACAGAAUCAACCGAUAAUAUAACUAUCAGUAAUUUCGAUCCAACAUCUUCCACUUUUAAGGAAGAAGACUCAGAAAUAUUCAUCGAUUGACUCAACCUAUACUAUGAAUUCUUUACGAUGUUCAACGGAUCUAUCACAAAUCAGUUUGAAAAAGACAGAGAUCACCUCAAAGUCAUCAUGAGUGAUUUUACUUACAACUUUGAAAAAUACUUUUUCAAAGAGGGAAUAGCGAGAUGCUUUUUCAACAACGUGACUAUCCGAGGGUACCGGAUAUGUCCUGUUGAUCCUAAGACAUACCUCUAUGUGCAGAAGUGCAUCAAUAGCUUAUGCACAGAGUUCCCUAUCUGCAACGUUGCUGUUUUCUAUGAAGAAUAUUUGUUGUACUCUGACCUGCCCCAAGGACAGGUCGAAGUACUACACAAAUAUCUCUUUCUUAGUCAAUAUACUCGAAGAGAGGGAUUCGAGCCAAAUUGGGUUGAUUCAGGCCAAAAAGGAGAAAUUUUUAAAGUCAACUCAAAAGGAGUAAACAGUGGAGAAAUGUCUGAGGACGAAAAAGAAAUGGAAACUCUUGCAGAAGAACUUGGCUUUGAGAAUGUGGAGUAUGACGAUUUGCUGAAGAGAACAUUUUCGACAUUCUGCAAACUAAACCCAGAUGGAUUUAAGGGAUCCAGGUUAAACAAGAAAGGGUUUUUGAUUGGACCAACAAUUGUUGACCAUAAAGAUGAAGAUGAUAUUCCUAAAACUUAUGAAAUUUUUAGCCCAAAAGUUUACAUCAAGGUAGACCCUUGUACAAACGCCCUUAAGCAGUAUCGUCUUCUAGUAAUCUGAGCUGAGGGAUUCACCAUGGCUCUUUUUAUUGAAGAAGAUAGAUUCCGUCUUUCUUUCGAAGUUUAUGAGAAAAUGAGAAAUUUUAUCUUUGAUAAAUGUAGAAGCAUGUUCUCUAAGCUUGAUCGAAUCGUUGAAUUUAAUGAUGAAAAACCUCUCGACCCUGAAGAAACAGUAAAACUAAUGUAUUUCAACGAUUCUAACUUAGCCUUUAAACAAACACAGAAGUUCACUAAGAAGUUGCUGAAUAAAGAGCUGAGGCACUAUUUGAACAUUAUUAUGAACAAAUUUAGAGAUAACAGUAGUUUGGUUGAAUACCAAAUCACUACUACGAAUUAUUGGGUUGUAGGAAGAAGGUCUAUUCCUCGGACUGUUAUAGUAAUCCUUCCAAUAUCAUUGUCCCAGUCCGAUGCUGAGACUCAAGCUGCUCAGAUAGUCAAUGAAUAUUUCGCAUAUCUGUAA